AUGAAUCCAACUCCUCGCACCCAGGACGACGCAGUCCACAGCUAUGUUUCGCCUUAUCCAGAGCUCCAAGUUGGAUUAUGGGCGCUUUUCGCCGGCGCGACCGUUUUUCUGACCCUGCGGCUCUGGGUUAAGGUCACCCGACGACACGGACUGUGGUAUGAUGAUUACAUUCUCAUAGUGUCAUGGAUAGUACUACUCGCAAACAAUAUCCUCAUCGUCUACCAAUUUGCAACCGGUUACGUGCUCAAAGACUCCACGCAAAAGUGGGAUGACCGCAUGCACAUCCUCAUCAACAUGUCGUCCUGCGGCACACUGAUAGGGCAAGCAUGGACCAAGACAGCGUUCGGCGUGACGCUGUUGAGAAUGAGCAACCGCUGGCAACGAUGGAUCCUGUGGUUCUGCAUCGUCACCAUGAAUGUGUAUAUAGUCCUGAAGGUCAUCUUCCAGUGGGCAAAAGUCUGCGACAAGUCUAGUUACCAGAACUGGUACAGGCUUGACUUUUGUAUUGGUUGGGACUUCCGUGGCGAUAUCCAGGAGGGUGGAAACGUUUACAACAUCGCCAUGGAUUUCGUGUUUGCGACUUUCCCAUGCUUGAUCACCCGGCCAUUGGAAAUGCGAAGAGUCGAAAAGAUCGGUCUUUGCCUCACAAUGAGUCUCGGCAUAAUAGUUGCCAUUGCCUCGGCUAUACGCGUCGCCUGGAAGGAUAAAGGGAAUGACCACGAUGAGUACUACAUAUGGCGUAACGCUACCGGUAUGUCGCAUAUCUGGUACUCAUCUGAAAUCGCCGGGACAAUCAUCGUCCAAUGUAUCCCCAUCCUGCGACCGAUCUUGCGAGACAUUCACACAUCUUUGACUUCGAGGAAGUUGAGUUCUACGGCGGACGCGCGAAGCACAGUCUGGAUAAGCAUGCUUAGGAGGAAGCAGGCAUCGACUGGUGUGAACAUCAACGACCUCACCACCAAGACCACCGAUAGGAUGGAGUUGAGAGAGAUCCCAGAAGAGCCAGCCUAG